AUGGUCCAGGUUGACAAAUCAGAACGUGCCGAAUCGCCCUUCUGGGCCGGCCGAAGUGUGUCUCUUAACCAAGGAACCUCGAAGAUAUAUGGGCCAAACACCGUUGUUGGCGCUUCAUAUUCGCAUGCAAGUCUUGUGCAACCUCCGACCUCCCACGCCCGACCCAGGACACCUACAAGGUCAUCUUCUGCGAUUUCCACGGCGCAUUUGGGUCGCCGAUCGGGAAAUUCAAUAGCAUCGCCUCCCCGACAACCAUAUCCCGGAAUCAUGACUGACGGGGCCGACGAGUGGAGCCGCGACCCCGCGGAAGAGGACGACGAUGAUGACGAUGAUGAGAUUGUAUAUGAUGAUGACGAAGAUGAAUUCGGACUUCCAAGUCUUGCCAGCAUGAGAAGAAAAAAGUCCGCGCCAUUGAAGCCCAAAGCUGCCAAUUCCAGCGGCGGGGCAGGAAGCUUCUCUACAUUGGGAUAUGGUUUGUCCGCCAGCAACAGACAACGAGCGGAUAGCGCAGACAUCGCCGAGGAGCGCGGCGCCCCUAUGUACCCGACUGCUCGAAAGGGGGAGGGCAAGAUCCUUCGACCCCAAUAUAAAGAUAUUCUGCAAGAUCCCGCGAAUGCUUUGAACCUCAUCAACCACUCACCUCCUCCCACAGAUGCUUCUCCAAAGGAGAGAGACAUUCACUCCAGUCGCAUCACUCGAAUCAACAAAUUCAAGCGCAUUCUGCAGGCCAGCACAGUAUCACCUACCGAGUUGCGGGAUCUUGCUUGGUCAGGUGUUCCGGAAGAAGUGCGACCAAUGACCUGGCAACUUCUUCUAGGAUACCUUCCUACUAACAGCGAGCGACGCAUCUCCACCCUGGAGCGAAAGCGCAAGGAAUAUUUAGACGGAGUUCGACAGGCCUUUGAGCGGGGUAGCGGCGUAAACUCUGCUAAUCCCCCAGCUUCAACCAAGGGCCGUGGCAGAGGACUGGAUGAAGCAGUUUGGCAUCAGAUCAGUAUUGAUGUUCCACGUACCAGCCCCCACAUUCCGUUAUAUGGAUAUGAGGCUACUCAACGAUCUUUGGAACGUAUUCUAUAUGUGUGGGCUAUCCGGCACCCUGCUAGUGGUUAUGUCCAGGGCAUCAAUGACCUAGUGACGCCAUUCUUUCAGGUGUUCCUGGGCGUCUAUAUCACUGAUCUGAAUGUCGAAGAAGGCAUGGAUCCAGGCCAGUUGCCCCGCAGUGUGUUGGAUGCAGUGGAAGCCGAUACUUUCUGGUGUCUCACAAAGUUAUUGGAUGGCAUCCAGGACAACUACAUUUAUGCCCAGCCGGGAAUCCACCGACAGGUCAGGGCGCUUCGUGAUUUAACAAUGCGCAUUGAUUCGGCCCUGGCAAAGCAUCUGGAACAUGAAGGCGUGGAGUUUAUGCAAUUUAGUUUCCGGUGGAUGAACUGCCUGCUCAUGCGGGAAAUGAGCAUUAAGAACACGAUACGCAUGUGGGAUACUUACAUGGUACGUCUUGUUCUCCUCAUCGUCCGAACUUAUAUUGAUUGUCACAUCCAGGCCGAGGAGCAGGGCUUCUCCCGGUUUCACCUUUACGUUUGCGCUGCAUUUUUGGUCAAGUGGACCGAUCAGUUGCUUAAGAUGGAUUUCCAGGAGGUCAUGAUGUUCCUCCAGGCAUUGCCUACGAAGGGUUGGACAGAGAAAGACAUUGAGCUUCUACUGAGCGAAGCCUUCAUAUGGCAAAGUCUGUUCCAAGACUCGCGUGCCCACCUCCGGUCCGCUGGCGAUGAACCUCCUGAAAAUGGUAUCUUUUAUUGA